AUGAGCAUUCGCGAGACCAAUCUCGACGGAAUCCUUCCUCUCGUAGCCAGAGGUAAGGUCAGAGACAUCUACAAAGUGGACGAAGAGACGCUACUUUUCGUGGCCACGGACCGGAUUUCCGCCUACGAUGUGAUCAUGGAAAACACGGUACCCGACAAAGGUGUCCUGCUAACGAAACUGUCAGAAUUCUGGUUUUGGUACUUGAAAAACGACGUGCGCAUCCAUCUGGUGGACAUCCCAGCCGGCAAGACAAUUUUCGAUUGCUUGCCUGCCGAGCUCUCCCAGCCCAAGUACAAGAGCCAACUGGAUGGUCGGUCGCUUCUCGUGCACAAGUUCAAGCUCAUUCCGCUCGAGGUUAUCGUUCGGGGCUACAUAACGGGCUCUGCCUGGAAGGAGUACCAAAAGCAGGGCACAGUGCAUGGACUACCCCAGCCUCAGGGCCUGCAGGAGUCCCAAGAGUUUCCAACGCCCAUUUUCACGCCGUCUACGAAGGCAGAGCAAGGAGAACACGACGAAAACAUUUCUCCUGCUCAGGCUGCUGCGUUAGUGGGACCUGAACUCUGCGACAGAAUUGAAAAAUUAGCCAUCCAACUCUACUCUAAGUGCAAAGAAUACGCCAAAUCCAAGGGAAUCAUAAUCGCAGACACCAAAUUUGAGUUUGGGAUCGACAAGUCAACCAACGAGAUCAUUUUGGUCGACGAAGUGUUGACGCCAGACUCAUCUCGUUUCUGGAGCGGGAAAAAUUAUGUCGUCGGAAAACCUCAGGACUCUUACGACAAGCAGUUUUUGAGAAAUUGGCUGACCGAGAACAAGGUCGCUGGCGUCGACGGUGUCAAAAUGCCCGAAGAUAUUGUUCUGAAAACAAGAGCUAAAUAUCUUGAGGCUUACGAGGUUUUGACGGGCGAUAAGUUUUAA